AAAAUCCCCUCUACCUCAACGGUGCAAACUCUGCGUCGCUACGCCCAGUGCGCACGUCUCCUGACGCAGGGAGGAAGACAGAGGGUCUCCUCGAACUCACAUCGAAUCUUUUGUACCGUUCGCACAUUUUCGUCCCUCUGCUACCUUCGGGACUCGACUGUACGGCGCCCCACGUCAACAUCUCUUCAAAGCGCUCGGCGAGAAUCUUUCAAAAUUUGACAAACGCCAAUCUUACUUGCAAGAAAUCUGUCCUGUCGUCGCUCUUCCUCUCUCACGUCGCACUCUCCCUUUUUUUGGCGCAGUCACUGCGCUGAGCUAUUCUCAGUGGAAAACGCCAAUGUCAUCUCUGGGCAAAAAACGCCGCGCGAAGAGAGGCAGACCUCCUCGCACCGCCCCAAAAAACCUCUCCUCCCCCUCCGGCGAAGGGAAGACGACUACGCGCACUCCCAAAAAAAAAAUUGACGAAAAUUCAAUCAGCAAGCUGUUCUCCUGGCGCAAGGAAAUGCCAAUCGAUGCCAUGUCCACUCCAAGCAAAACCAAAAAAGAUUUGAAGGCUAAGGAUGACGCUGACUCGUCGACCCAGGUUGAAUGUGUCGAGCCACCACAGACUCACCGACAAGAAGACGCAUCAUUCUUGACGCCCGUCAAAAAAAAAUCUCGUACGACGUCUCCGUCGGACCUGUCCGAGAAGGGGUCCGAGUCGGCUUCGUCCGAAGCAGAAGGCUCUCCUGCCGGUCAUUCGCGCUUUCCUACGCAGGGGUCCUGCCCGUUUCUCAACUGCAGCGAAUGGCUAGAGGUAGAGUUCAUGCCUCAGCCGAAGAAGCGCAAGCGCUACGAGACAGCUCCUUCUGCGCCGGCGAGCCGAGCCGGCUUCAUGUCCGCGGGUCGCGUAAACAACAGAAGUACGUUCUUGAGAAGAAGGGGCCUCAGAGGGAGUUGGACGAGCUUUUCGGCAUCUCUGUCAUCUCGGCUACCUUGGGAAGCACUUUCCUCACCCUUGAAGUUGGUUACCGGCGGACUUCAACAGCUGAAGAAACGAACGGAAUCGAAGGAUAACUCGAACGAAACGCCCGAGACUGUGACUCGAGCAGCGGUCGGCGAAUCCGAAACGCCCUCCAGCGGCCAAAAAACCGUCGAGCCACCUCGAGACUCUCAGUCUCAGGUCGGAGACGACGCUCUAGAAGAGGCGAAGUCCGAAGUCCAACGAGAUACCUCCAACCUCGAAGACACGCCAGACAAGCCAUACGACGUUGAAUAUCAAAUUCAAAAAAUAGAAGACGCCUAUAAGUCUAGAAAUGCGUCCGUGCCUCAAGAGCCAAAAUCAAAUCGCCAAACAAUUAAUUCGCCUAUCAAAAAAGAACCAGUAAUUUUACCUCCAAACAAUCCUUCAAAUCCAAUUCAUUCUGCACCUAUAUAUGACUACAACUUGAUGUCACAGCGCGCACCCUCUUCGUUCUUUAGUGGUGGCACAUCUCAGUACUCGUCCGUACCUCCUCAACCCUCUUAUCCCUAUAGCUCUUCUUUUUUCCAGCCAAUCCAAAAUAACCCAUCUUCGUUCCCAACGACCGAUUCGACGCCCUUUUUCAGUUCCUCUUCAACCUCAUUCCAGCGUCCUGCAUCCUCCUCUUCAGCCUACCAUCACUCUUUCUACCUCCCGACUCCCAAGCCCACCUUCGAGCCGUCGAAACACUGGAACCAGGCCACGUUUGACAAUAAGCACACGUAUCAAUACCGGCCAUCCUCCUAUGACCCCUUCUUUCCCACGUCCGAACGAGUGCCCGCCAGAUCGCCGAUGACCUGGUCCUCUAUCAAGAGCGGGUGCCGGCUUCUUCUCGUUUGUCUGCUCGUCGUCUUUUCUUUCGGCUUCGCCGCUCUCUGGUACUUCAAGCUGCAAUCACCUUUCCCCUCGAAUCAGAACCUUGACCAGGUCUAUUCAAUCGUCAAAGACAAGCUGGUCCAGUACCUCCGAGUCCGCAGAGGCGCGUUUCUAUGCGGCGAGGCCCUCAACGAUUGGGCCAGCCAAGUAGAUCUCGAAACACUUUGCUCCAACCUUCUGCCCGGUUACAAGCGGUACCGCAAGGGCAUCGACCUUCUGUGGAAAAAACUGAGAUACGACAGCAACGUUCGCUAUGACCAAUCGCUCGAUCACUACAGCUACGUCGGCAAUCAACCCAUCUUGAGUCUCAAAUGCACUUUGAAAAGGUGGGUUCUCAAGCUUCUCUUCGACAACGCCCUGAUAAUCGUCGUGGUCUUGAACCUGUUAGCCGUGCUCCUUCUGUCCCGUGCCUACGUGAGCAGAAAAAGAAGAAAUCGAUUGCUCGUCGAAGAACUAAAGGAAAAGAUUAUUUCUCGCCUGCGCAAAAAAAAAAAUAGCAGCACCCAAUACAUUCCAGUAAGCCACCUGAAGGUCGAGCUGGCCGACUCGACGAGUCAAAAAAUAUGGGACACUGUCGUCCAGGAUAUUCAGGUGGACCCUCGUAUUCAAGUCACUCCAAGGCUCGUUUCAGGAGAGCAAAUGCUCACUUGGGCCUGGAUAUCUGACCUCUGAACAGGGGCUC